AUGUAUUGGUGCAAGGGCGAAGAGUACAUCCCAAUGCCUCGCAUAACGAUAAAGGACGCAGGUUCAUUGUCCUUCCCCGUCACACCCGAGCAGAUACAACGUGUGAUUGAGCGAGCCACCCGCGCACCCUAUGGCAAGGGCACCGAAACCAUCACCGACCUCAAGGUGCGACGUGUCUGGCAGAUCCAGCAUCAAGACAUCAGCAUCACCGGCACACACUUUGACACCUUCUUUGCCAAGAUGGUCGACGUCAUCAAGGAGAUCAUGGGUCUUGGCCAGGAGACCGUCACGGCCGAGCUCUACAAGCUGCUCGUCUAUGACAAGGGUGGCUUCUUCCUGCCCCAUCGAGACUCAGAGAAGGCCGACAAGAUGUUUGGCACGCUCGUUGUCUCGCUGCCCUGCAGCCACAAGGGUGGCGACCUCGUGAUCACCCACGCCGAUCAAGAGGCCGUCGUAUCAUUGGAGAAUGACAGCAUGUCCGAGCUCAAGUGGACGGCAUUCUACGCCGACUGUCGACACGAGGUCAAGCCCGUCACCGAUGGCAACAGAGUGUGUCUGGUCUACAACCUAUUGCGAUCUGGUGGCAACCACAUCAAUCACACUAUUGACACCAAACAACUUGUCCAGGCGAUUGACAAAGUGUUUGAUCGCAAUGAUCUCCCCAAGGCACCUGCUGUUGCCCCUGCGCCCGCCAAGACAUCGGCGGCAUCAUUGUUGGUCAAGCGACCUCUGUCGGCAACACAGACCACCACUUCGGCCUCUACCUCGAAGUCUGGCACGAUCCCACGACCCAAGCAGACGGCGAGGAAGAGUGCAGCGGCACGAAUUCCCAUAAAGCAUUUGACAAGUUUAAAGAGAACAAAGUACCCAGUUGAGGAAGGUCACUGGGUAACAGACGGAUUUGGGAAGUCAAGAUACGUAUAUAACCCAGCCUAUUAUAAUGGCGAGCAAGAAACAGACAGCGAUGAUUAUGACCACGACAUUGAUGGCAAUGACGAUGAUUACGACCUUUACUCAGCACGUGAUGAUCAAGAUGUUUCGGCUGGGAUCAAGCCAACCAAGGUAGUACACGCACUCGAGCAUGUAUACUCAAUGGCCAACUUCACAUUGGAGUCACUCAAGGGCAAGGAUGCUGUAAUGGCUCGUGUCUUGCUAUCCAUUGCAGAGAAGGCCAAUAUCAUGCUUGGACUUGGUUUCAUUCACAUUGACGAGAAGGGAGACUAUGGAGAGUGGGACACAACGUUCGAGCUGACCCAUAUCAAGGACAUUGUUGAUGGUACAUCGAUUGCUGAGAAGAUGGAUGUACAAGAGAAUGUGGAGAUCAUGCCACAAGGUGCAUUCAACAAAAUCAAGCCAUAUCAAGAGGAGCAGGAAGAAGCCACAGGCAACGAGGGUGGAACAUUCGAGAGAUUCUAUCGACAUGCAGUCAUUGUGAUCUGGGACGUCCAGGAAGCUGGAAGGUUCGCAGUGGUCACCUCAAUGGAGAAGGCAUUAGCCCAUCUCAAGGUUGAACUUGAGAAGAUCGGUGGCAUCAACAAGGACCCCAAGGCGACCAGGGACCUGCUUCAUCAAGUGUUCUCAAGUGUGCCCAACUAUGAUGACCUCAGCUCUGAUCAUUUUAGCGAGGUACUGGCACACCUGUCGUCGAUCAAGAACAAACAAUACCUUCCAGAGUUGUUCAAGGAGGCGAUGGAGGCAACAGUGAACGAGUUCUUGGCAGAGGUCCACACGGAGCAGUUCAAGAAGCUACUGUUUGACACAUCGGUCAAGGAGGACCUGGCACGCGAACUCAUCAAAUUGGUCGUCCAACGAGCUGAGCUGUACAGUGGCUCAGAGUUCCUGCAUACACUCUGCUUGCUCACCAAGCCCAAGUACAUUGCGUCGCUCAUCCCUGAGCUCGGCCACACACUGUGCGACAGGUUGGACUCGGAUCAUCAGCCCACGGUCGAGGGAAAUGCCAGGACAUACUAUUCCCGUUGGCAUGGUAGUCGAGAGCGAUAUGAAUACUUUGUGCAGCUCCAGAGGGACCUGGACACACUAUUCAACGAAUAUCCAGUGUUUGCCAAGGACCGCUUGCAGUUAAUCUCAAAGCUUGCCGUGUUUGAUCAGAGACAGUACAUUACUAUGAUGACCAACAACAACAAUAUCACUGGAUCAUCAUUGGACUCGAGACUGGCGUACAUUGAAUCGAUGCUCAAGGAUCUGGAGACACCUGGCACUCUUCCAAGCUACAUGUCACUGGACUUUAUCAAGGCGGUGUACCUGUCACUCAUUAGCCACUCUGACCGAGUCAUAACAAUGAAUGACCUUUACGAACACAUCCCCGUGUUUGAAAGGAUAAACACUGCACAUCCAGAGUGGAUAGCACACAGCCAACACUGGCACCAUCUACUCCAAAGGAUGGUGAGUGGAGUCGUUGGCGCCAUUCACUCAAGAAACCUCGGGUCAUCGGUGAAGUUCAUGGUGUCGCUCUGGGACCUGGUGCAUCCCCAUCAGUCAAAGAUUGAGAGCUAUAUCAAUGUGUUGGCAGACAUCGAACCAAACAUGUUGUACGAGUUGGUGCAACAGUUGUUCAAACAAUAUGGCCAGACCUCAAAGUACUACUGCCACCUCUGGGACAAGGCAUCCAGGAAGUGCCUGGAGGCAUCAUCAUUGCCCUACCCCACGGGCAAUGAGCGAAGAUGUACACUGAGAUGCGCAUGCGAACACUGUAAGGUGCUGGCCAAGUAUCUCAGUUCGCAAGACCUGACUGCGAGGUUCAAGGUCAAGGAGAAGGAUAGGAAUCACAUUCUGUCACAGAUCCACGGAUAUGGCUUGAGCUCGGAUAUUGACCGUAAAGGUGUUCCUCACACACUGGUACUCACCAAGAAUGCGAGCUAUCUGGCCAAGGAUGUGACUGCACGCGAUAACUCGGAAAACCUGGCACUCGACUAUUUAACACUGCUACCACAUGCACGUGUCAAUGAGCCAUCAAAGGCACUCAAAGACUAUUUGGCCUUUCAUUCAACAACUGUGUUGGCCAAACGUUGA